CUUGGCCUUUUUCUCAACUCCCAAACAACACGCAACAGCACCAUGGGUCCUAGGAAGACGGUGGGAAUCUUGGGCGGCGGCCAGCUCGGCCGCAUGCUCACGCACCCCGCUGCGCUGCUCAACAUCCCGCUCCUGAUCCUCGACAAGGGCGAGUACACGCCGGCCAAGCAGACGCUGCUGGCGCCAACGUCGCUCGCGCACCCCGACGGGCCGUUCACGUCCGAGCCGCACAUCCGCGAGCUGGCCGCCGCGUGUGACGUGCUCACCGUCGAGAUUGAGCACGUCAACGCCGACGUGCUCGAGGCCGUCGAGAAGGAGGGCCUGUGCGAGGUCCAGCCGUCGCCCGCGACCAUCAGGCUCAUCCAGGACAAGUACCUCCAGAAGAAGUACCUCGCCGAGCGGGGCAUCCCCGUCGCGCCGUUUGCCGUCGUCGAGCAGAGCACCGAGGCCAACGUCAAGGCCGUCGCUGGCGAGCUUGGUCUUCCCGUCAUGCUCAAGGCGCGCACGCUGGCGUACGACGGCCGCGGCAACUCGCCCCUCAAGUCGACCGACUCGGCGGCGAUCGCCAAGAGCCUCGAGUUCCUCGGCGACCGCCCGCUCUACGCCGAGGGAUGGGUCCCCUUUGUCAAGGAGGUCGCUGUCAUGGUCGUGCGUAACAAGGAGGGCGAGGUGCGCUCGUACGACGCCGUCGAGACGAUCCACCGCGACUCGAUCCUCCGUGUCUGUCUCGCUCCGCUCCGCAGCGGUACCGCCCCUGGUGCCGAGGUCGACACCGGCGUCAACGACAAGGCGAGGCAGCUCGCCGAGAAGGCCGUUGCUACGCUCGACGGUGCCGGUAUCUUUGGCGUCGAGAUGUUCCUCCUCGAGGAUGGCUCGCUCCUCCUCAACGAGAUUGCUCCUCGCCCUCACAACUCGGGCCACCACACCAUCGAGGCGUGCCACGUCUCGCAGUUCGAGAACCACCUCCGUGCCAUCCUCUCCCUUCCUCUCGGUGACACCUCCCUCCGUGUCCCCUCCGCCGCCAUGGUCAACGUGCUCGGCGUGAGCGGCUCGAUGGAGCCCAUCGACGACAUUGCUACCAAAGCUCUGUCUGUCCCUGGCGCUAGCGUCCACCUGUAUGGCAAGGCCGAGUCGCGCGCCGCUCGCAAGAUGGGCCACAUUACCGUCACGGGCGGCUCGGACGCCGACGUGCGCGCCAAGGUCCGCACCCUGCUCGGCCACCAGCCCGACCUCGACGCCAAGUUUAUCGACGAGGUCGCCCCCGCGCCCGUCAAGGGCCACUCGCACCGCCAGCCCCUUGUCGGCAUCAUCAUGGGCUCGGACUCUGACCUGCCCGUCAUGCUCCCCGCCACCAAGAUCCUCGACAAGUUUGGCGUCCCCUACGAGCUGACGAUCACGUCGGCCCACCGCACCCCCGACCGCAUGGUCACGUAUGCGCGCUCGGCUGCCUCGCGCGGCCUGCGCGCCGUCAUCGCCGGUGCCGGCGGCGCCGCCCACCUCCCCGGCAUGGUCGCGUCCGAGACGUCGGUGCCCGUCAUCGGCGUGCCCGUCAAGGCGUCGGUGCUCGACGGCGUCGACUCGCUCUACUCGAUCCUCCAGAUGCCCCGCGGCAUCCCCGUCGCCACGGUCGGCAUCAACAACUCGACCAACGCGGCGCUGCUUGCCAUCCGUAUCCUCGGCACCAGCGUGCCCCUGUUCCAGAAGGACACGGAGGCGUACGCCAAGGCCCUCGAGGAGGAGGUCAUUGGCAAGGCUGGCAACCUCGAGGAGCUGGGCUGGGACAAGUAUGUCACCGACGUGUUGAAAAAGUAGGCGCGCGGGGAGGGUGGGGCGGCGGCGUGCAUGUGAGUGCGUGUCAGAGCGUGCAGGAAGCCGCUCGACGCGACUUGUGCAAUGUAGAAUAGAUCUGGUAAUGUGACGAUGUUUUGGUUUGA